CACUGUGCGGAAGGGGCUCGGCCCAGUCCGAAACAAAGCGGGCGGCGGAGGGGUGGUGCUUGCGAUGGCGGCGAGCGGGCUCCGGUUGUGGGGCUGGCUGUGGGGUUGGCUGCGGGUCUGGCUGCUUCUGGAGCUCCUGCAGCUGCUGCCUCAGGUGUCCUCUGAGUAUGGGAUGGUACGUGUCCUUUCAGGGGAGCGAGGCAGCAAAGGCAAAGACUACUGUAUCCUCUUCAACUCUCAGUGGGCCCAUUUGCCACAGGAUCUGAGUAAAGCUUCACUCUUGGAACUGCGGAAUCAGACAGCAUCUGUUUUGUGUUCUUCUUCUGAUGUACCUCGUGGGGGAUUUAAUUAUCAAAUCCCCAUGGUGAUGCGAGGGAAUUGCGCCUUCUAUGAGAAAGUGAGGCUUGCUCAGAUAAAUGGAGCUCAUGGGCUGCUGAUUGUUAGUAAGGAGAGACUGGUUCCUCCUGGGGGCAACAGGAGUCAAUAUGAAGAGAUUGAUAUUCCUGUGGCUCUGCUCAGCUAUGAUGAUAUGUUAGAUAUUCACAAGAAUUUUGGCCCCUAUGUGAAAGGGGCACUGUAUGCACCAAAGGAGCCUGUGCUGGACUACAACAUAGUGAUUAUAUUUGUCAUGGCUGUCGGGACUGUUGCAAUUGGAGGCUACUGGGCAGGAAGCAGAGACGUUAAAAGGCGGUCCAUGGAGCACAAACGUGAUGAUGGCACAGAGAAACAUGACGAUGAAACAACUGAUGUGACUCUCAUAAUGAUCUGCGUGUUUGUAGUGAUGUGCUGCUCAAUGCUGAUCCUCCUUUAUUUCUUCUAUGACCACUUAGUCUACGUUAUCAUAGGAAUAUUCUGCCUGGCUGCAUCAAUUGGUCUUUACAGUUGUCUGUCACCCUUUGUAAGAAGGUUCCCCUUGGGAAAGUGUAGAAUCCCAGACAACAAGUUGCCUUAUUUCCACAAGCGGCCACAGGUCCGGAUGUUGCUGCUGGCAGUGUUUUGUAUCUCUGUCAGUGUAGUCUGGGGAGUCUUCAGAAACGAAGAUCAGUGGGCCUGGGCUCUGCAAGAUGCUUUAGGAAUUGCUUUCUGUCUUUAUAUGUUGAAAACGAUUCGCCUGUCUACAUUUAAGGACUGUACCUUGCUCCUCGUGGUUCUUUUUGUGUAUGAUGUAUUCUUCGUAUUUAUCACACCUUUUCUAACAAAGUCUGGAGAGAGUCUAAUGGUGGAGGUGGCUGCAGGUCCAGCUGAUUCUACCACUCAGGAAAAGCUCCCCAUGGUCCUGAAGGUUCCACGCCUGAGCUUGUCACCCUUGGCUCUGUGUGACAGGCCCUUCUCUAUUCUAGGAUUUGGAGACAUUUUAGUUCCAGGCGUACUGGUAGCCUAUUGCCAUAGAUUUGAUAUCCAGGUGCAGUCAUCCAGAGUGUAUUUUGUAGCCUGCACCGUAGCAUACGGCAUAGGCCUCCUUAUGACCUUUGUUGCCUUGGCAAUGAUGCAGAUGGGACAACCUGCUCUCCUCUACCUGGUGCCCUGUACUCUCUUCACAAGCUUUGCUGUGGCUUUUUGGAGAAAGGAGCUUGGAAUGUUCUGGAGGGGCAGCGGCUUUGCGAAAGACCUACCUCAGCCUUCCUUGGUGGAGCUACCCAAAGACAGCAAUAUACCACCAGCCUCUCAACAAGACAGGGAGCAAAUGAUCAAUCCCACCCUCUGUGUGAAGGAGCUGCAAAGCCCCACCUCAGCUGCAGAGGAACUGGCUGAUACCACCUCAAAGAGGGACCAGACAGAAAUUCCUAUUCCACAGAGUAAGGAGGAACCAGCUGAUGAGAAUACGGACAACGGUGAAUGCUAAGGUGUAAAUGCAGAGCAAAUGCAGCUGGAAUAAACAGUGGGAUAAGAACUCCUUUUCCCUCACAAGCAUAUCCAUAUAAAACCAGUAUGUAUUUAGGACUGGUUUAGUAGUGUUUGUGUUCAUUGGGGAACCUCACUGGGAGUCUGAUCAUUGAAUCCAACAAGGAAUGAUCUGCCUCCAGCUUCGGUACAUCUAUACAAUUUGAACAUCCUUCUGAAAUAUGGUGCUCUACAAGGGUUCUGAUGUAUGGAUUUCAAUGCUCAUUUUAUUAGGGAAUGCCUUUGACCGUUCCAUUUUCUCUAUAGCAAGGUAGUAUUUACAGGUUGAUUUACACAGUACUCUGUGCUUGUGUGGCUAUUUUGCUGCUUUAGCAUAGUGUAGGUUCACACAGAGGAAAAGCAUUGAACAAGUCUGUUACAAUGCUUAAUUGAGAGAAACAUGAUAGGGUGUUGAGGGGUUUUUUAGCACUUUCCCCAUUGUCACCUUUGCUUUUUCCCUACUUGUCAAAACCAUUGAUAUAAGGGAAUGCUUUAGUAUAAACUCAUUCAGGAAAUGCAGAGAAUGGUUUAAUUACCAGCCUCUGAAAGGAUUUAUACUACCAUGGUGCAUUAAAUGCAUCUCUUAA